AUUCUCAUCCAUGGUUACUGUUUCCUUGACAACAGCGCCUCCUCCUGUCUCUAGGGGGGAUCGAACACCACCACAUCAGUGUGAAGAUGGCGGAGGGUGAACUGAACGUGGACAGCCUCAUCUCUCGGCUCCUGGAAGUACGGGGAUGUCGCCCGGGGAAGAUAGUCCAGAUGACCGAGGCAGAGGUGCGGGGCCUCUGCAUCAAAUCCAGGGAGAUCUUCCUCAGCCAGCCCAUCCUGCUGGAGCUUGAGGCGCCUCUGAAGAUCUGUGGAGAUAUCCAUGGGCAAUACACAGACCUACUGAGGCUGUUUGAGUACGGUGGUUUCCCUCCAGAGGCUAACUACCUUUUCCUGGGUGACUACGUGGACAGAGGGAAACAGUCCCUGGAAACCAUCUGCCUCCUGCUGGCCUACAAGAUCAAAUACCCAGAGAACUUUUUCCUGCUCAGGGGCAACCACGAGUGUGCUUCCAUCAACCGCAUCUACGGUUUCUACGAUGAGUGCAAGCGCAGGUUCAACAUUAAGUUGUGGAAGACCUUCACUGACUGUUUUAACUGCCUCCCCAUCGCUGCUAUCAUUGAUGAGAAGAUCUUCUGCUGCCAUGGAGGGCUAUCGCCUGAUUUGCAGUCAAUGGAGCAGAUUCGCAGGAUCAUGAGGCCAACAGACGUGCCCGAUACAGGCCUGCUGUGUGACCUUUUGUGGUCAGACCCAGAUAAGGAUGUACAAGGUUGGGGAGAGAACGACCGCGGGGUCUCUUUCACCUUCGGAGCAGAUGUGGUCAGCAAAUUCCUGAACCGCCACGACCUGGACCUCAUCUGCAGAGCCCACCAGGUUGUGGAGGAUGGAUAUGAGUUCUUUGCCAAACGCCAACUGGUCACACUUUUUUCUGCUCCAAACUACUGCGGGGAGUUUGACAACGCAGGCGGCAUGAUGAGCGUCGACGAAUCCCUCAUGUGCUCCUUCCAGAUCCUAAAGCCCUCAGAGAAGAAGGCCAAGUAUCAGUACGGUGGUGUAAAUUCUGGUCGGCCUGUAACCCCACCCCGCACCACCCAAGCCCCCAAGAAGAGGUGAACGUGCAGCCUUGGCUUCUCCCCACCCUCCUUCUCCCCUUGUCCGUCCCUGGUCUGCCAUCACGGCAACCCCUGUAACUCCCCUGUAUAGCAAAGAUACAGGGCUUAUCUAAUUGCCCAAAUCUUUCUCCUCUUUCUUCCCCACUCACCCACCCCCUCCCCGACUCCACUGACAGCUCUUUUCUUAAUGUGUAUGUGUACAUAAAUUUGCUGUGACCAAUCUGUUUUAUUUUUUGCCUGUUUGUUGGUAUUUUUGAUAUUAUUAACAGAUAAUCUUUCUUGUGGUUUUACUUCCAAAUGCCAUUUGAGGUUCUCUGAGGUUCUGUGUCAUCUCUGUGUAGAGGAGCAAAGUGACUGAGUUAGAGGAAUUUCUUUUUCAGUUUAACAAGUAGAGAUUGAACAUUGUUUUUGCCUUGACCUCUCAAAAUACAGAGAGAAUCCUUCCAAUGAGACUGAGGUUUCUGUGCUAAAUCCGUUGACACAAAUAACAUUUCUUAUAUUCCGGCUUAACAGUUUAAACACAUUACAGCAUUCGCUGUGCACUUGCGGUUGUUGUGUUGGCGCACAUUUUAUAUAUUUAACCAUUGAAAAAGUGCAACUCCCCGUGAGUAACAAAGAAUGUGAAGUGACCGGUUUGAAUGAAAUAUAGAGGAUAAAUCGGACGCCACUGGCAGUGGACACGCUCUCCCCGAACACAACGCCCUCUGGGCAUUGAUUCCUCCACUCUGUUAUGCCUCCCUGUGCCUCGACUCCACACCCACACAAAAACAUGCCGCUCGUCUCACACAGAGCUGGUAUCGACAUUUUCCUGGGUCUAUUUAUUAUUUGUUCUCAUCAAGAUAAUUUCCCCCAUAUAAUCCUCUUAUCCUCUGGAUAUAUGGUGUACUAAAAGUGCUUUCCUAGUCUUUGUAUGAAGAAGCAGUUAUGGAUAGAAAAUAUCUAACAGCACUGGUUGCAAUUUUGCAAGUCUCUAAUGUAUCUAUAAGUAAGCCGUACAGUGUUAAAAAGACCAAAUACUUAAAAAAGCAAGCUUCACAAAAUGCUCCACAGUAUUUGAGUUGUUAGUGCUGAGCACACAACAAAAACAUAAUGAAGGAAGUUUGCUCUUGGAAGCUUUGAAGUAAAAUGCCAGCUAUCCUCCUGUCACAUCACCCAAUCUGUUCUGGUGCAGAGUCUAAAAACUGGAGGAGUCAGGAGUGGGUGGCAGGACCAGCAGGCCGUUACGCUAUGUGACAGUGAUGCCACCUGGUGUACAAAUACAGUAGUACAGUACGAAUCCGAUGUGAAUUUCAAAUUAGACAGCUCAGGAUGGGCUUUUCAUUACAUAUCCAGUACUAAAUGUUGUCAUUCACCACAAGGAGGUACUGGUAGAUGACUUCAGUCCACUGCGAAUAAGACGCAGUUGACCUUUUGUGGAAAACGGUUGCCUCUUUUCUUUCUUUUUCUGGUUUUUUUUCUGCUCUUUGUGGUAUUAAUCUUUCUGUUGUAUUUCUAUGUUCUCUAUUCACAUUGUUCACUUUUUAUUCAGUUAAUUUAUUUCCUAAUACUGAUAAUAAGAAAACAAUAAGGUGUUACCAAAAGCUGUUUUGCAAUUUGUACAAGUUUGUUUGAAAGUCUAUAAAUUCAAUAAAAUGGAUGGAAACCAAAA